CACAAGAAUAUAACUUGCGUUUGGAACCCGUGUAUCUGAAAGUUGUACCACACACUCACUUUCAUUGUUGGUUUGGUUAUAAAUUCACCACCCCAUCACCACAACUCUUCAUUCCAUCAACAAUUCAAUUUGAAUACCAUAAACAUGUCUUCCCAGACCGUUGUCCUCAAAGUUCGCAUGUCAUGUCAAGGCUGCGCCGGAGCAGUGAAUAGGGUCUUGGAAAAAAUGGAAGGUGUAGAAUCAUUUAACAUUGAUUUAAAGGAACAGAAGGUGACUGUGAAAGGAAAUGUAAAGCCAGAGGAUGUUCUGGAAACUGUCUCCAAAUCUGGAAAGAAGACUGCAUUCUGGGAAGAUGAAGCACCAGCAGCAACACAAGCAGCUGAGACUCAAAAGCAGCCUUCAGAAACCGCCACUCCUGACCUUGAAAACAAGCCUUCAGAAACUGCAGCUGUUGUCUCAGAUGAGCCUGAAAACAAGCCUGCAGUUGAAACUGCAACUCUUGCCUCAGCUGAGCCUGAAAUCAAGCCUUCAGAAACUGCAACUACUGUUGCUUAAAGCAAACAUUUAUGGUUUAUUUCUAUUGAUAUAAGUAUAUUUGAUAUAUUUGGUGUGUUUUGCUACUGGUAUCUAAGUUACAAUUACUUGUGCCUUACACUGUUCCAUCAUCCAUGUAUGCUUUAAUGUAGUAUUCCACUAGUCACUCUUCCUACUUCCUUUUGGAUAAUGUGUCUCAAUAUGAGCUUAUGAACUGUUCAAUGAAAAUCAUUGAUGAACAAUAUGCAAA